UCGACCCCGAGAUAGAAUUUAACGCUCGGUUGGGGAGGAGGAGCCCUGGGAUUCGCCUCGAUCAGCCCACAAACAGAGGGCAUGAAAGAGGCGGAUCGGGUUAAUUGGCCUCGUUGUGAUGAUCCAAAGCUUGGCUGGAGAAAAAUGGAUGAUACCUCUCUUAUAAGAGCUAAAAUAGCGGACCAAGCCCGUUUCCUUGGUGGCCACAAGAGCCCCACCAGGAGAAAGCCUUGAUUUGACGGCAUCCAAAAGCACAUACUCCGUACAUAGUUACAAUAUACAUACAUUUGUCAUUCUCAUUCUUUGGAGAGAGUAUAGAGUAUCUAAAGAAACUACAUUUACUAUUUUCAUCUUGGGAACACACUCAACGUAUUAUUCAAGACAGGCUUGUCAAUCCUACCCGUGCUGACGGGGAAAAUCUUUCAACCCCAGGCUGAACCCGUGCGUGCUGGUUUCUCCCUCACGAAUCAUGGAUGCGGGGUUUUAGUUAAAAACACUCGGCCUAGCGAUUAUCCCCAAAAUAUGUCCCAAGGAUUUGACUCUCAGCCUAACCUAGCGCGGCAUUUUAUGGGGGGGAGCGGGCAGGCUAUCUCGGUAGUUCUGGUUAACUUACUCGGAGCGCAAACGGUAUUUAGAAACGUCAACAGCUCUCGAAAGAAACCAAAGCAGCCGUUCGAUGCAACAAUACAGAGUACCCUGGACGAAAAACAGAAACGGAAAUACUUCCUAGGUUUAUUUUGCAUACAGAGUUACAAGUGCCCUUGUUGCCCGUGCUGCUGCAUUGGGACUCUGACCUCUAAAACGCUGAUACGAUUCCGUCGCCGGGAACGGAAUUAUGAGAGAAGCCGCAAAGCGUCGUACAGCUAGGGGGAUGGAGGGCGCUGAUCUGCCCCGUCGCAUUGGGAAUAAUUUCGAUAAUUUCGGCUGUGUCUAUAUUUAUACCCAAGAUGCGCCCCUCAAACCAUCAUCGCCGUUCUCGUUUUCAUACCGACUUGCACGCUCAAAGGUGCAUAGCUCCUUAUACUAGCUAGCUGCCUUUGUGAUUCUACUUUCUAUCAUUCGCAACCAUGUCGAAGGAAGGUGAUGUAGUGACCGUUGGCGCGGGUGAAAGGCGCGUGUCGGUCUUCGAUGACCCGCAUGUCCGCAAAAAAAGCAUUGCUGCUAUGACCGAGAAUGUCGAGGGAGAAAUUAAAAAUCCUCUGUCCGACAUUCCCAAAGAUAAGCUACUUGAGGAUGUCGAGAAUUUCGCGAUGGAGAAUGACCUUAUGGAUAUCCUUCCAUAUUUGAAGAAGGGGGCACUUGUUGCACAGAGCCCCCGCGACUUCGAGAGCCUCGAGGAGCUGGAUGAGGCAGACAAGGAACCUUUGAGGAACGAAGUCCUCCACCGAUGGAGGCUACCUUGGCCACUUUAUUAUACCAUCAUUCUCAAUUCUAUCUCUGCGGCCAUUCAAGGAUGGGAUCAAACAGGAUCCAAUGGCGCAAAUGUUUCCUUCCCUCUAGAGUUUGGAAUCCAAGAUAGCGGCGAGUGGUGCGAGCUUAGCGCAGCAAAUGCCGCAGUUUGCGACAGGAACUCGUGGAUCGUUGGAUUUGUCAAUUCAGUGCCGUAUAUUUCCAUUGCUAUCUUUGCUGGCUGGUUAAGCGACCCUAUCAAUGACCUGAUGGGUCGUCGAGGAACCAUCUUCAUCGCAGCUAUCUUCAGUUUACUGGCCCCCCUGGGAUCUGCUGUGACGCAAAAAUGGGGCGAACUCGCUGCUUGCCGUGUCCUCUUAGGGAUUGGAAUGGGCCUGAAAGAAGUUACCGUCCCUGUGUUUUCCGCAGAGAAUACCCCGGCGAAUGUGCGUGGUGGCUUGGUCAUGUCCUGGCAAGUCUGGACAGCCUUUGGUAUUUUAAUGGGAACCAGCGCCAACCUUGCGGUUGUCAACGCUGGCGAUAUUACCUGGCGCUUGCAAUUGGGAUCGGCAUUCAUCCCAGCUGUCCCGCUGGUCAUGGGUAUCUAUUUCUGCCCGGAGUCCCCGCGAUGGCUUCUGAAAAAGAAGAACUAUAAGAAAGCGUAUCAGUCUUUACUUCGUCUUCGUAACACACCACUUCAGGCGUCGAGAGACCUUUACUAUAUCCAUGCCCAGCUUGUCCAAGAAGCGGUUAUGCUUGAAGAAACUGGUCUUGCGAAAACGGACAAUUUCGUUACUCGAUUCAUUGAACUAUUUACCAUCCCGCGUAUUCGCCGUGCGACACAAGCUUCUGGAAUUGUGAUGAUUGCCCAGCAGAUGUGCGGAAUCAACAUCAUCUCCUUCUAUUCGACGACGAUAUUUAUCCAAGCCGGUGCCAGUAACAUCGCCGCGCUUCUGGCCUCAUUCGGAUUUGGCGUCGUCAACUUCACCUUUGCUUGGCCGGCGGUUUGGACCAUCGACACCUUUGGACGGCGUGGCUUGCUACUCUUCACCUUCCCACAGAUGUUCUGGACCCUAUUAGCAGCUGGAAUGUGUUUCUACAUCCCCGAGGAAAAUAAUGCUCAUAUAGGCCUCAUCGCUUUCUUCAUUUACCUCUUCUGUGCCUUUUAUUCGCCGGGAGAAGGUCCCGUACCUUUCACAUACUCUGCAGAAGUAUUCCCUCUCUCCCAUCGUGAGAUGGGAAUGAGCUGGGCUGUUGCCACGAACAACUUUUGGGCUGCCGUCCUCGCCCUUACAUUCCGCCGCCUGCUGCGCGCAUUCAAGCCACAAGGCGCCUUCGGUUUCUAUGCCGGCAUGAACAUCGUAGCCCUGAUCCUGAUCUUCCUGUUUAUGCCCGAGACCAAGCAGCGGACGCUGGAAGAGCUCGAUUACGUCUUCGCCGUCCCGACGCGUACGCACGCGAAGUACCAACUCUUUACCGUGCUACCAUGGUGGAUCCGCAGGUAUAUCCUUUUCCGCAAGAAUGCGGUGUGCCCCGAGCUGUAUCACUUGGACUUUGCGUCAGAUGCGGAGAAUAGGAAGAGGGCUGCUGCGCGUGAGACUGGGGCUGCGAAUGCGGAGAUUGCGUAGUGAUUUUGGUUUUGUGAUUGUCGGUGUAUGGGAUGAGGUGGGUGGUUUAGCAGGACGUAUAUAUACCUACAUGUAUGUAUGUAUAUAUAAUUCGUGGUUUGGAAGAUGUGGUGGGAGACGAUUACCGAGGACGCCUAUUUAACUGCUAGCAGUAUAAACGGUGCCUCUGGUCACUAUAUACAUAGGAGGAGCGCGGGAGGAGGGUUUAGUCUUUCUUUUGGUUAACCCUGGAUAUAUAUUUUUUAUUCUCCUCUUUUGACCGUACUUCGUUUGCAAAUGGAGGAAGGGUAAUUGGAUGCAAGGGAACGGGAGGGGGUGGACAUGACAUACAUACAAGCAACCUCGUUUAUGCCAAUGCGGCCUAAACCCGGUUCUGUCUGGUAUAGGUAUAUCUAUCUAUCUGCCCCUUCUCGCCCAUGCAGCUGCAGUUCUUGUUUUCGUCUCCUCUCUGUCCCAUCGCUUGUUUUAUGUUGUUAUGCAAAUCCUUUGCGAGCAAAGAUACCACUGUUACCCAGCGAAAUAACAAUAAGAGGUUUAAAUACCAUCGUUUCUUCCUCCUAUAAAUUUUUUAUGGUUUUUUUCUUUUCUUUUCUCUUGUCUCGUUCGCCGGCAAGGGCGGAUGGAUGAUGUAUGCCACUAUAAGUGGCGGGCGGGCGUUUCCUUCCCUUACGGAUUGAUGAGUUCAAUAUCAGGCAUGUCCUCAUGCUUUCCUUUCCUCUGUCAGAAUGAAAAAGAGGUUAUGAAGAGCUAAAACAAAUCACUGCACUGCAGCAUCUACUGGUGGCUUGGUUUCAUGAUCAUGACCUGGAUCAUAUACACCACACACAUGAAGAAGUCAUGUCCUGG